UUAUUGCAGAACAGGGAGUUACUCUGAAGUAAGCAGACCAACUCCACAAUGUUCUUAUCUGUUGACUAAUUGUUCUACCUACAUUUCCCUAUGGAAGCCUUUAAAAAGUAGCUUUAUUCAACAUCGGGCAUUCACAUCAAAAUGAUGUAUAAUCAUAUUCUCCUCCUCGUCCUCCUUCUUCUGGUCUCCUUGUUUGGACCACUGGAUGCCUAUGAUGAAGAGGAGACCAUAUGCAGCCUUCCAAGGGAAACUGGACGUUGUAGAAGAUCCUUGCGUCGUUUUUACUUUAACAUCGAAACUGGGCAAUGUGAGAUUUUCCAUUACGGUGGCUGCGGUGGAAAUGCAAAUAACUUUUUAACACAGGAUGAAUGCUUUUCAAAGUGUGUAGAAAUGGACAUUAACCUUAUAGGCGCAGAGGAGUAACAAAUCCAACACCUCUGAUCAUCAUGUCCAUUCGUCUGGCCUAUGCAUCUAAGCAGUUUCUCCAUUGGUGAUAUCAACCGAUCCUAAAGAAGAUAAAAAACGAAUGUUUGCCAUUCAUGCUGUUUUCUGGACUUCAUCCGAUUACGCUGGGAAGUGUUCAGAAGUGUUCAGAAGAAGAGACUUCUGUCUAACUCCAUUCCAUAAUAAAAAGGAGUUUUUCCCUACCUUACAAUCA